AUGAGAAAUUAUUCAGAAAAUUCCUUCAGAAAGUUUUACGUAUGCUUGAUGUUUGUUGAAUAUAUUACUUCAAAACUGAUUGGGUUAUCACCAUGGAUGAUGGACACUCCAAAGAUAUUUCGCAAAAAUCGAGAAGUCGCCGGUUCAUCUUAUAACAUUCUUCUAAUCAUAUCUUAUAUUCUAUUUGAUAUUUUUUUUGUUUAUAAUAAUUUGAAUACAGUGAACCAAACUAUUGCAUCAAUAGCAGCGAAGCUUGCAUUUUUUUCGAUAAUCUGUAUGAGUAUAAUACUGCUCAUUUACAUCAUCCGUCAAAAGUCUCUAGUAAUUGUCAAAAAUCGAUUCAAUGAUGUCGACAAAUGGCUUAAUGGCUGCGUAGAUUAUCAACUGGACCACGAUAAUACUAAUUAUUGGAUAUUUUUUACAAAUAUGGUGUUGAUAUACUGUUGGAGUAUAGUUAGGAUAGUAUUUACAGUUUCAUGGGCCAUAGAUAUCGCUCUGAUCUUAACGAUGGCUUUUGGAUUUAUUUUGAUAGUUCAAUAUACAAUGAUAAUCAAUAUGAUUAACAAACGGCUUAAAAGCAUUAAUGCGACGCUUCUGAAAUUGGGAAGUACUUCGCAGAGAGCAAUUUUGAAUGAUUUUUGCACCAUUAAGAACGCAUACGUUGAACUAUGUGAUAUGAGCGAUAAAAUUGCGGAUUUUUAUCGAAUUCCUACGCUUAUUGUUGUUUUUUUGUCUUGUAUUAGAAACAUAAACAACAUUUACCAGAUAAUUUUGAUAUUUCUUCACCAAGCUGAGAUACCAAGUUCAGCGUAUCUAGGUGGAAUAUUUAUUAUACAAAUUUGUUUCUCAUUCACAAUACUAACUACUAGUGUGACGCAAGUACUGAGACUACAUUUAUCCAAUUUUUCAAAUGAUCUCUGGCAUAUGAAGUUUGAGUUCACACUUUGUGACAUUAUACCUCUAGAUCGUACUCUUCUCGCAGUCAUUUCUGGUACGACUGUAACAUAUCUGAUUAUUGCAAUUCAAUUUCAUCUCAGCAAAAAUUAA